CUUCCAAGAAGAACGAAGGGAGCGGAAAAAUGUCCCCUCGCGGUUCUGGCAGUUCUUCGACCCCGCUACCCUGGGCUGCGGCCCUGCUCCUCGCUCUGGGCGUGGAAAGGGCUCUGGCGCUACCCGAGAUAUGCAUCCAGUGUCCAGGGAGUGUUCGAAAUUUGUCAGAAGUGGCACAGUAUUGUAAGCAGACGCCGGAGCUAAUGUUGCAGGCCCGCUGCUGCCUGGAUAAGAAGGGCACCAUCCUGGGGCUGGAUCUCCAGAACUGUUCUCUGAAUGACCUUGGUCCAAACUUUCCUCAAGCACAUACUGCUGUCAUUAUAAACCUGCAAGCAAACCCCCUCAAGGAUGACUUGGCCAAUGCCUUCCAUGGCUUUAUCCAGCUCCAGACUCUGAUACUACCACAAGAUGUCAGCUGUCCUGGUGGUAUUAAUGCCUGGAAUACUGUCACCUUUUAUACAGACAAGCACAUCUGCCAAGGGCAAAGGAACCUUUGCAAUAGCACUGGGGAUGCAGAAAUGUGUCCUGAGAAUGGAUCUUGUGUACCUGAUGGUCCAGGUCUUUCGCAGUGUGUUUGUGCUGAUGGCUUCCAUGGCUACAAGUGUAUGCGCCAAGGCUCGUUCUCACUGCUUAUGUUCUUUGGGAUUCUGGGAUCCACCACAUUAUCCAUCUCCAUCCUGCUUUGGGGGACUCAACGACGAAAAGCCAAGGCUUCAUGAACCACACAGGUCUUCCUACUGACCUAAGGAUCAUCCCAAUCUAUUUUAGCCCAGCCAGGGAGAUUUGCUUCCUAUAGACUGGCCAGAGGAUCCUCUUCAAGGCUAAGGCCGCGGUUGGAAGGAAGAUGGAACAUUGCGCAAUGCUGGAGUGUCACACUCCAGCCCAGGAGUGGACUAGUACCAUUUCCCAAU